UUAAUUAUUUACAGUGGCUUCGCUGUACACGAAGCGAAAGUGGUACUGUAAUGAUGUAAUCCCCCACGUAACUGAGUCUUAAUUCUUGAUUUAAGGAUUUACUAUUUUGUCAAGCCGACACAAGCUGUUAAGGAUUGCAGACUAAUUUGCAGUAUUGUGUUUUUGUUAUAGUGGACAGUCGUUUCACUUAUGCUUUCGCUUAGAAUCAAUGUUGCAUCCAUUAUCCCAUUCUCAGUGCGAAAAGCAGCAGAGGUUUCCUAAUCAGGCAAACACCAAAUUGUAGCAAUGCUUGUUUACGACGAAGACGACCGCUCGCAGUCCAUGCACGCGUGGAACGCCGUGGAUGUUCUCGUUGAUGGCCUGCUGCAGCCGGGCAAGAUCAUCAACGUGGCGAAGAACGGUCUGUUCAUUGAUUUCGGCUCUGCUGGCCAGCGUUCGGAGUUCGUCGAAUACGGCCGCGUCUUCAGCUCGUGGAGACCCUUGGAAUCUGUCGAUGCAUUUAAGACCCCCGAUGUGCAGGCACUGCUGCGAGCUGGCCCCGACUGCCCCUGGACAUGGUACCCCGUCCCCGGGAGGAUCAUGUCCUGUGGGACUGAGAGCUACCUGGACGAUGUGUACAUCGUGGAGGCACAGCUGCCCCACGGCCCACGGCGUCGUCAACGAGCUGUUGUUGAGAAAUCAAGUGCGCCGACCGCCCUCGGACGAAGACUUGGCGGGUUCCGCGUUCGGGACAAAGAUUGUUAUACGUGGCAGUUGCCACGGGUCUGCUCAGGCGAGUCUCGUGUGCCCUUCGAGAUUUUAAAGGAGAGCAUAUUUCAAGAACGGGAAGUCGUGUGCACGAAGGUGCUCAGUGAUACACUGCUAUACAUGCAGCGUUGCUCUGAACGUCCGCUGCAGUUACAGGAACUGGAAAAACGGUAUGUACGACUGGGGAUGGAGGAGAACCAUGGUGACAACGGCAUCUCCGGAGAAUCGUUCGAUCGAUAUUCAGUCAACUCCCCGCGGGAAGAGCGCGGUGUAAUUUGCGUGGUGUUUCAGCAUGUACCCACUGAGCUGCUGGUGGAGAUCUUCCAGUCCCAGGACAGCGUCGACCGUGUUCGGUGUCGGCGUACCUGCGCCCUAUGGAACACUGUUCUCUCCACGGUCAUCGGGAAGACCGCUUCCCCGAUGUGCGGGUCUCUGGUCGAACAGAAGACUACCCGUCCGGCCUCAUCCCGCCCCUGUGCUGGGCGCUGAACACCUUGCUCCACUGCAUCAGCAGCAGGACGAAGCGGGUGGUGCUUGCGCACAUGUCCCGUAGCCAGUGCAAUGACGCUCUCUCCAUGCUCCGCUACCUGCUCGCCCAAGAUCGUCGCCUUGGAACGCUGGUUUUCCUUGGGUGUUCCUUGGACUACACCGGCUGGGAUGUAAAGCCGAAGGAAUUCACGGCUGUUAUGCACUGUCUGCAGCGAAUGGGCGGCGUAUCGGAGCGGACAAUGUGGAGACAGUGCCGCAUCGUCGAACGGCAUCUGACCGCCGUCGUGCCGCAGCACAUAGUGGUUUAUCAGUCGCCAGCGCAGCUGGAAAUGCAGUUGUGGGAUAUGUUGGAGAAGCAUCUCGUCCUGGAGACGCCGGUCGAUUUGACGGUUUUGGGGCAUGGAUCGACUCGAUCGAAUCCGAGGAAAUCCAUCUGUUAACGGGUGGUUUACAACAUUAUCAGAGCGCGGAUCCGCGCUGCUCAACGCAUUAUCGCGGCUGCCAGUGGACGCGUUUGGCUAUUCACGAUCUGGAUGUGAAGAAUCUGACCAAAUUGGCCGCGGUGGCCUUGUGGAAUGUCUUGAAAGGAGCACACUGGCUGUCGCCAUCUGGUCGUCCAUAACUCUGUUUUUAACACUCUCUAACCCAGCUGGAAUAAUAUGCCGGCAUAGGAUGCAUGCUCACUAUCUGAAAAUACUAGGGUAGUCUUUGCUAAUAAUAUUAGUAAUGGGACGUUUAUUUCUGUUAUCACGGAUCUGCUUUAGGUUAAAUCGUUGAAUUGUACUUAUAUGGUUGCAUUAGAUUUUAAUUUUUAAA